GUACAUGUUUCAGUCUGGCAAUUAUCAAUAAUCUUUGUGUUCUGUUGGUCCUUUUAUGGCGCCGUAAAAAGAUUCGUCGCAUGCAACUGUUUAUAUUGCACCUGAGUAUUGCAGACCUCAUAGUUGCUUUCUUUAACAUUUUGCCACAGCUUAUAUGGGACAUCACAUUUCGAUUUAUGGCUGGUGAUGGCAUGUGUCGCUUCAUCAAAUAUGCUCAGAUGUUUUCAUUAUACUUGUCUACAUAUAUCUUAAUCAUGACAGCUGUUGACAGAUAUCGAGCAAUUUGUCAUCCCCUCUCUAACCAAACUUGGACUCCAUGCAUGGUGUACUGUAAGAUAUUUAUAGCUUAUGCAAUUGCUACCAUUUUUAGUAUUCCACAAGCAAUCUUGUUUCAAAUGCAAGAGGUAAAUAAAGGAAGUGGCAUUUAUGACUGCUGGGUUCAUUUUGAACCUGCUUGGGUCCUCACAGCUUAUGCUUUAUACAUCUUUUUUGCUCUUUAUCUCAUCCCAAUCUUGAUUCUGCUCUUCACGUAUGGUUCCAUCUGCUAUACAAUAUGGACAAAAUAUCGGCAUGCCAUUAAAGCUAAAAGAGAUGCAAACAUGCAUUUGCAACGGAGAGUAAAUAAGGGAGUAAUCUUGAGAACACAUACUGUGCGUGGUUUUUCCAAAGCAAAACUCAACUCUGUGAAACUUACAUUUGCUGUGAUAGUCACAUACAUAAUAUGCUGGUCACCGUUUUUUGUCUCUCAGAUCUGGUGGCUGUUUGAUGAAACAGUUGUUGGAAAUGCUGGUGUCGUAGUAAUUCUACUUAUGGCAUGUCUGAACAGCUGCACUAAUCCAUGGAUUUACCUGAUUUUCAAUAGAAAUUACAUUUCCAAUGUCUUGCGAUGCAAAAAAUGGCACCGCCACAGAGUGAAAGCAGCUGCUACUACUGAGACAGAACGGCUGUCACUAGCCAGUGUCAGUAGAGAUUCUAGAAGGACCUCUGAUUCUAAAAGGAUCUCUGAAUCUAGAAGGAUUUCUGAUGCUAGAAAGAUCUCUAACAGUACUCAAAAAAACAAUAGUUCUUCUCCGCGAAAGACAUCAGACCAAUUCACUUAUUCAGAUAAAACCACAAUGUUAUGAUGAAAUGGGUGUCAUUGUUGAGAAGCUGAAGAUGGAAUUAUUUGAAAUUAUGAUUCCUGCAACCACUGAUAAUAAACGUAUUAGUUUUUUAUUGUGCGUGUGUGUAUGUGUGUGUGUGUGUGUGUGUGUAUGUGUGUGUGUGUGUGUGUGUGUGUGUGUGUAUUUAUAUAUGAAGUCAUAGGAGUACCUGAAUGUGCCCUGGUGAUAAAUGUGUGUAAAGUUUGAUGUAUAUAUAUAUACCUUCCAACUAAGAUUAUUGCCUAAACCUUAUUUUUUUUAUGUGUGUGUAUGUGUAUUAUUCAUGUGCACACACAAACACACACACACACACAUGCACAUGCACACACAUAUAUAUACACAUGUAUACAUGUAUGUAUAAUUGAGAACAAACCGGUAAUCGUUUUGGGGUAAUCUUAUACUACUUAUGUAUGUAUGUAUGCAUGUAUGUAUGUAUGUAUGUAUGUAUGUAUGCAUGUAUAUAUAUAUAUGUACAUAUGUAUGUAUAUACAUAUGUAUGCAUGUACAUACAUAAAAUCUGGAAUAAAGCUGUGCAGUUUCAUUUGUCUCUAUAUACUUUUUUCUUUAUGUAUAUAUAUAUUUUAACAAACAACAGAAAAAAAGGGAUAUGAUAUCAUAACAUAAUGUAGAAGUUUACUUAUUCAGUCUAUGUAUGUGUGUGAACAUGUGCAUGAAUGUGUGUGAACACGUACAUGUAUGUGUGUGAAUGUGUGUGCAUGUGCGUGUGUGUGUUUGUGAGUUUGUGUUUAUCUGUGAGAUGAUAAAUUUUAUAAAGACUAAACCCAACUAAACUGAAUGUAAACCCAGCCGAGUAUUUGAUAUAUCACUGAAAAAAUAUUUUCAGAUUAUGAUAAACUAAAACUAUAAUAAAUGGGAAA